AUGGAAAUAAUAGACCUACAGGAAGAUGUUUCCUUGAAGCAGUACAGAAGUGCGUCAACUGAAGAAUUCUGGGCUAAAGACGCCAUUGACAAGUAUUCAAACUGUAAGCAACUGGCAAUCAACUUGGCUACGAUGUUUGGUUCGACAUACAUUUGUGAGGCAUCAUUUUCAAAAAUUAAUUUUUUGAAAAACAAGUAUCGGACAAAAUUAACAGACCUUCCCGAUUUCAAAAAGCUGGCUAAGAAAAAGAAAUGCAAUUUUUCGCAUUAA